UGAAACUCGUAGGGGAUAUAGACCAGAAAACGCCAACUUUUCACCCAACUUUUCCCUCCACCAGAAUCACUCCGGUAGAGACACAGAACAUACUUCAUGCACUCCCACGAUGAGUGAACCAGAGGUCACUUACUCAACUGUGAGACUUCAUAAGUCUUCAGGGUUGCAGAGACUAGUGAGCCAUGAGGAGAUUCAAGGGCCCGGAGAAGCUGGCUACAGAAUUUUUCAGUAUAGUCAACACAAACAAGAAAUCCACGAAACUCUAAACCACAACCAUAACUGCAGCAACAUGCAAAGUGACAUCAAAUUAAAGGAAGAAAUGUUGAGAAAUAAGUCUAUAGAUUGCAGUCCAGGUGAGGAACUUCUGGAAUCCCUCAACAGAGAACAGAACAGAUGGUACAGUGAAACCAAGACAGAUUUAGAUUCCUCACAAGACACAGGGACAGGUGUUAAACACUGGUUCUGCUAUGGUACUAAAUGUUUUUAUUUCAUCAUGAGCAAAAAUACAUGGAGUGGAUGUAAACAGACCUGCCAGCAUUACAGCUUACCCCUUGUGAAGAUAGAAGAUGAAGAUGAACUGAAAUUCCUUCAGUUCCAGGUUAUUUCAGACAGUUACUGGAUUGGAUUGUCAUAUGAUAAGAAAAAAAAGCAAUGGGCAUGGAUUGACAAUGGCCCAUCUAAACUUGACAUGAAAACAAGGAAAAUGAACUUUAAGCCUGGAGGUUGUAUAUUUUUAUCUAAAACAAGACUAGAAGAUACUAACUGUAAUAAUUCCUACUUCUGCAUUUGUGGGAAGAAACUGGAUCAUUUCCCUGGUUAACUUUCCAAAGAGAGUUAAAGAACAUAGUCUGCUGUGAAGAGAAACAAAGCUGCAGGAGCAUUGGGACUGUUCUCUGGUAUCUAUUUUGACAGAACAGAGUUCAUCUUCCUUCCUCUUGGAGACAGAACACAUCUACUCUGGGGAAUGGGCACCCUUUGCAUAAAGCCUUCAGAAUUUUGUUCUUUCUGAUUUCUUAUACUCCUAUAAAACUGAAUAAAGAACCCUAUCCCCCCCCCCGAAAAAAAACAUCCUGAGUUUCCAUUAAUGAUAAGACAAAUUGUCCCAUGUGCUGGGAUCAAAGGUGUGUGCUGCCACUGCCAGGCAAGACAAACUGUCUCAAUUGAAAGUACAAUUAAGAGAAGAAAUUUCUUUGUAGGCUUCGAUUUCUCAUGUUAGUUGAUUACCAUUUUGUUUUGUUUUGAUUUUUGUUUCAUGUAGAAGUUUUUCUCAAUGGUUUAAAUGUUUGCUUUGUCCAUAAAAUAUAAUAUAAAAUUUGGUGAACAUUUGCAAGGGUAGGCCAAGGAUAUGGGGAAUAACUUUUACCCAAAUCAUCUGUUGUCCUAUCUACCCACUUUAAUUCAUAUAUAAUUUUAGGUCUUACAAAAAAGGUGGUAAUAUUUGAAGUUUGCUAAAUGUAGUAGAUUACACUGUGAUUCUGGCAAUUAAUAGGCUAAGACAUGAUUGUUGAAAAAUGAAUAUAGCAAGAUCCUAGGUCAUAGAAUCAAAAACAAACAAACAAACAAAAUUGAGGCACACAUGUUCCUCAUUUUAUACGAGGGACAAUACUUUAUAUUAUACAAGUGUAUCCAAAUGAUCAAACUCAGGACAGUUAGUAUUGAUUCAGUAACUUGUUUUAAUCUGGGAGCCAUGUACCUCUCCACUGACUGGAUACUGCCAUGCUGGGAGUUUCCUCCAUGUUCAGGUUCAGGUGCACUCAGUGAUGGUGUCAUUUUAAUGUCUUUUUGUCCUGAAAUUUUUUUAUGCUUUCUGGGGUGUUGGUUUUUGUUUGUUUGGGAUGUGUUUGUUUGUUUUUUCUGAGUCAGCUUUUCUUUGUGCUACCCUAGCUGCUCUGGAGCUCAUUCUGUAGGACUGAGAGGGACUCAGAUUCCUUUGCUUCUGCCUCCUGAGUGAUGAGGUAAAGGCGUGCUUGUUGCUUUUUUUAAACCUUAAUAUUUUGUAAAUGAACUUUAGAAGUGAGACAAUGAAGUACAAAAAAAAAAUAGACACACCUUGCACAGGGGCCAUGCUAAUCUUUUCUGUAUCAUUCCAAUUUUUUAUAUGUGCUGCAGAAAUUGAUAAAACAACUUUGGAAGACAAUCUGGAAGUCCCUCUGGUAACUGGAAAUAGUUCUACCUGAAGACCCAGCUAUACCACUACUGGGCAUAUACCCAAAACAUACUCCAACAUAUAACAAGUACACAUGCUGCACCAUGUUUAUAGCAGACUUUUUAUAAUAAACAGAAACUGGAAAAAACCCAGAUG